GCGCAGAAAUGCUGGUCGAGCUCCUAGAUGUUUUUCAAGGCUCUGGAAUUAACCACCGCGCUCCGUCCUUUGCUGUUACCCGAUGAGACUUUACUCUUUGUCCAGGAUGCGGUGGGGUUAUACGAUGGCAAAUACAAGAUCGCCAACUACCAGGACGGCCAUGCGUAUCUCACGUCACACCGGGUCUGUUACGUAGCCGUUGACGAGCCGCGGAAGUACUCAGUCGGCAUCGACCUAAAAGACGUCGACAGAGCCGAAUAUCAAGCAGGCUUCUGGAAAUCAUCGCCGAAAAUCAUCAUAUACCCAAAGCCUGUGAAGAACGCAGGCGGACCUCGGAGCUCGAGCGCGAGUCCAUCGCGGCUACCGUUGAGAGCACAAUUAUCGGGAGCGCAAUCACCUCUUUCGCAGACUUCAGCCCAUAAUUAUACACCACCGCCGCCAAAUCUUCUGAAUGCGACUUGGGUGUGUCCCAUAUGUUCGUUCUCCAACCCGGUGCCGUCGAACUUUGAUCCGUCUACGGCAACCAAUUCUACGCCAAUACCUCCGUGCCUCGCUUGCGGAAUAAAGCCUCCGUUUACCACGGUCUUAAAGGCUGCUAUAACGGCGGCGACUAGCCGGGAAGCUCCUCCCAUCAGUCCAGCAGUGUCUCAGGCCCAGCAAGAAUGUCAAUCGGCCAGAACCGGGCAGGCAAAUGCAGCGAAUGGUGGGGGAUCAAUAAUGUGCCCGCGAUGUACAUUCCUGAAUCAUCCUUCGCUUUUAGAUUGUGAGAUAUGCGGCGCCUCUUUGGCGAGUGCAAACUUUCUGCGAGCUUCCGGUCAGGACAGGUCGGAUUCUCCAGCACCGGUCUUUGAGGAUGGGAAUAUUCGGAAUUCUGCUAUCACCGAUCAUAUAAAGCUUUCCUUUAGAGAAGGGGGAGAAAAAAUCUUCCUUGAGAGGCUCAAGGGGGCGCUAAUUCAGCGGAAAUGGCUGCUCUAUAAUGCACCUCCUGCGCCACAGCGACCAUCGCAGUCAACACCCACGUCAGCACCAGAUCAAACUGGCCUGUCAACUAGUGUGGAUACCCAGGCUCGCUCACCCGGGGUUGGGAUUGCCGGUCUGGAACGGCGAGGGCUUGAAGCUCGCAAAAACAAUGAACUCGUAAUCGGAAAUGCUUUUGAGGACCUUGAGGCGCUCAUGGCCUCUGCGAAACAGAUCGUAGCGCUUGCUGAGACACUGGCGCGAGAGUCGGGCAUGGCCAGUGAUGAAUCUUCAGCAGAAACCAGCGCGGUACUCUCCGAAAGUGCUGCCGCUUUAGGAAUGAUAACCACGAAAGAUAUGCUCGGAUCCAGCGCAGGAAACCUAUAUCUCUCUGAACUGUCACGAACUCUCGCAGAGUAUCUCACCGACGAUCGAAAGGGUGUCCUUCAGAGAGAAGGUGGUAUAAUGAGUCUGAUUGACCUUUGGGCAGUUUUCAAUCGCUCUCGAAACGGCGUUGAGCUGGUAAGUCCCUCGGACUUUAAACGCGCCGCUGAGCUCUGGGAGAGGCUCAAAUUGCCCGUUCGACUUCGCCGGUUUAAAAGUGGCCUUUUGGUUGUUCAGCGGUACGACUGGAGCGAUGAAAAGACCCUUCGACAACUCCAGGACUGGAUGGCCGAUCUGCGUCGCAUUCCACCUCCGGACCCUGUCCCUUGGGACUGGCGCCUUUUUGGCCGUCCAGUUACAGCGCAGGAGGCAGCCCAGCGCUUUGGAUGGAGCGUUGGUGUUGCAGCUGAGGAACUGGAGAUGGCGGAAGACAAGGGCGUCUUCUGCAGGGAAGAAGGCAUUGAAGGCUUGAAGUUUUGGAGCAAUUUUAUCAUCUUUGACCCGACACCUGACGAUCCUAGCAAUUUGGCUGUUUCCCUCCUGGAAGUUUGAGGAGCUAGCUGUUAUAGAUCUGAUG